UUCGCGGCAAGUGCACGUAAAAUGAGAAGAUUCCUGCCCAUUUUGUCUAUAUUGUUUAUUGCUAUCAUGGCCAGAUGUGAAUCAAACAGUCGCUAUGCAUAUUCCAACGCCGAAAUGGUUUCUUUGCUGGGCUUGAAGAAAUUCCUCGUCACCGAUCUGAACGUUUAUGUAACCAUGUUGCAAGAAAAUUUGAACGCAGUUGAGCUCGCCAUAAAACAGAUUGAGAUAGAAGUGCAACAGCUGGAGGAGAAUCACAUUGAGAAGGAAUUCAACGGUAUCAGACAGUUUUCCUUUAUGCGACACCUGCACUCGGACUGGCCGCAGUGGCUGCGUUUUAUGCGCCAAGAGGUGGCCUUAGAGUGGCAAAACCACGUGCAAGAAAUACGACCGUAUUUACCCACUAAAGUCGACUUGGACGAGGCCUGCAAAGCUAUAUACAUUCUGAUCGAAAUCUAUGGGUUGUCUGUCGAUGACUUUUCCCGUGGUCUGAUCAAUGGAAAGCAAUACAAAUCGAAAAGCUUCGAUGCAAUGGACUGUUUUGCCCUGGCCCGAAAUGGCUUUGAGAAGCGAUACUUUGACCGGGCAGAAGCUUGGUUCGAGGCCAUAUGGCUGACAGACGACAAUGCUGAGCUCCAUCGGGUGAUGGGCUUCGAUUUGGCUCAUGUUCUGCAGCUCUAUGCCAGGAACCUUUUUAACUUGGACAAAAAGGAGCUCGCUUUGCAAAUGCUUCAAGAAACUUUGACCCUCGGAACCGACGACCAGAGAGUCCUUCGUCAGUUAAAGCUUAUGGAGAGAGGCGAUCUAAAGCCAACAAAAUUGGAAACGGAAGGAAAAACCUUAGAGUUUGAGAGGUAUUUCCAGGGAUGCCGUGGUCUCUUCGAUCCGCCGCAAGGUCUGAGCUGCCACUACGAUUUUAACACUCAUCCGGUGCUGCGGCUGGCCCCCUUGAAAGUGGAGCCCCUCAAUCGGGAUCCGUACGUAGCCAUUUAUCACGAUGUGAUCUAUGACAGCGAGAUUGAGGAGCUCAAGCGUCAUGCUCUGCCAGAUUUAAAGCGGAGCAAAGUCUACAACUUGGUCCUACAAGGGGAAAAAUCCGACAGCGCUCGCACCUCAACGAGCUCCUUCCAAACCGAUCACCAAAACAAGGCCGUUACAGCCGUCAAUCGGCGUGUGAUGCACAUGACCGGCUUCGAAGUGGAAAAAAUUGGAUCCUCGGAUAAGUUGCUGAUUAUUAACUACGGCACUGGCGGACAGUACAUGCCCCAUCGGGACUACUUUGGACCCAAAUAUAAUAAGUAUAUUGAACGUGGCGACAGGAUAGCUACAGCUCUCUUCUAUUUGAACGAUGUCGAGCAGGGUGGCAAAACGGUGUUUCCCUACCUCGAGAUUUCCUGCACCCCCAUAAAGGGUAGUGCUCUGGUCUUUCACAGCAUGAAUAGCAGUUACCACGGCGAGGCGAGGUCCUUGCAUGGGGGCUGCCCGGUGCUGGUGGGCUCCAAAUGGGCUGCCACAAAAUGGAUCUACAAUGCCGAGCAAAUGUUCCAAUGGCCAUGCGUGAAGACGAAUUAGGUCUUUAGGGGAUCUAUGCUAAUUUUGAAUGGAUGUUUGGAGCGAAGUUUUAUAUUCCAGAUUGGCAGAUGUGUAACCUAAUUGAUGCAUAUGUAUAUCAAUAUCCGUCUGCCCCGUUCCAUCAUUAUUUUUUUUGGGGCUUUAAAACUUUUUAAAAAGAGAAAUGGUUUUAAUCUGUAGCAGAUUUUUUUUUAAGAUUUACAAAAAAUGGUAUUUUACAUAACUUAAGUAUCUUACACCUGGUUGUAAUACAAAUUUAAAUGCAGCAAUAAAUUGGAUACAAGCACUUUGCAAUUUCAGCUUACCCCCGGGAAAUUU